AAUUAUCAAAAAUCGAAGUAUUGAAUCAAACUUUCGUUCAUCUUUCAUUUCCCAUUUUUAAACUCUCUAAAAUGUCGAUAAUUCCAAGCAUAUUCGGUGUACGAAGCAACAUUUUCGAUCCAUUCUCAUCUUUAUGGGAUCCAUUCAGUUCACCAUCAUUUUCCAUUAUGCGCACUAAAUUUCCCAAUGAAGCGACUCAAUUUGCAAACACUCAAAUUGAUUGGAAAGAAACACCGGAAUCUCAUGUGUUUAAAGCAGAUAUUCCGGGGUUAAAGAAAGAAGAACUAAAAGUUGAAGUUGAGGAAGGAAAAAUAUUACAAAUAAGUAGAGAAAGAAACAAAGAAAAAGAAGAAAAAAAUGAUCAAUGGAAUCGUAUUGAACGUAUUGGUGGCAAGUUCCUUCGUCAGUUUAAGUUGCCGGAAAAUGCAAAAGUUGAUCAGGUAAAAGCUACUAUGGGAAAUGGUGUGUUAAUUAUUAUUGUCCCGAAGGUUGCGGAGAAGAAUCCUGAAGUCAAAUCCGUUGAAAUAUUUGUUAAGACCAGACGACAAUUGUGGAAUCGAAUUCUUUAGUUAUCUAGUGAAUUAAAAGAAAGAUAAGUAAAAUGAACAAAACAUUUUAUGUUUGAGAAAUAUAUGUCUAUAGUGAAAUGCAUAAUGUGAACAUAUAAAUCACGAAGCCAUCCACGUGUUCACAAACAAUA